AUGGAACACCUUUUCCAAGCCUUUCGCCGGGUCCAAAAAGGACUUGACGAUCCCGACGAUCUUCUGGAGCUAUUCCAAAGGCAUGAGAACUUGAAUGACCCUUCCGCAGUCAGUGUAGACGAUCGAAUUCGACUUCUCGAUCUACCUCCUCGAUCGGUUCAAGACGAAGCAAUUGCAUCAGUGACUACUCUUACAAAGAAUGAACUGCUCAAACGCGGUGCUGAAUUUCCCGCUGCGCUGAGCGAAAAUGAAAUGAAACUUCUCAUGGCCCGAUACUGGCUUGAUGGUAUGAAAUGCCACAUCGACGAUGCCUUUAUGAAUGCCCUUGAUUUCUUGGAAGACAUCAAAGAAGACUACUCAACCGAGAUCUGUGACCGUCUUGAUCGCUUUCGAGAACCGCUUUAUGAAGAGAACGAAUGCAAAGCCAUCGAGAAUGCAGAGGCUGAGAGCAUCCGUAGAAUGAAUGCAGGGCAUGACCAGAAGUUGCAACAGGAUCUGGCCAGAGUGUUUGCAGAGGGAAAGCCUUGGCUUCAGCGACCUUGGCAAGAGGAUGGUUCCAAAACAUGGGGAUACGCAGUUUUCGAGAGCCCGCAGUUUGUUGCUGAUCCCAAAUAUGAUGUUUAUAAGGGAGAGCAAAAAACGGCAAUGGAAAAAUCUCUGCGUCGCAUCGUUUCGGGUAUUGAGAUUUUUCGCCGUCACAAGAUGGAGAAGCAAUCCUGGCCAUCUCAGAUGAGUGGUGCUUAUCGAUUUCCUGAGAUUAUCGACAAGUUGCGCCAGGAAUUUAGAAACCGACGAAACGGAGGCAACCUUUCCGAUGGACUUCUUCCCAACGUUUUCUUGUACCUGGAUCACGAAUCUGCGACGUCACUUUUUCAUUCUCAUGGGUAUGUCGACGCUAUGUGGAUCUGGGCAGUCGAUCCGGACUAUGAGCCUGAGAAUGAUCCCACGGACGAUUAUCAAGGAUACUUGCGUGUUGGUCUCAAGCAACUCGUGGAUAACUUCUACAUUGCCUGCCGCUGGCAAAGUGACUUUUCGACGAAGGAUCUUUGGGAGGCGGCACAACGAGAGUCGAACAAAGCAUUCGCAUCCGCGUACACCAAUGCAUCCUCUCUUGGCGCCGAUGGAAAUCGGCUCUACACUAUUGGCACCUCUGCCGACGCGAUGCUAGCCCUGCUAGGCGGCCGAAAGAUUUUGUCUGGUCAAUCCAGGGUUCCUGCAACCUCUCUCUACGGCAUUGUUGCAGUCAGCCCAGUCAUAAUCCACCUAGACAAUAUCCCCACCAAAUACCAAGCUGCAUACACAUCAUAUGAUGUGUAUGGAGAAGGAGCACCGGUCAUCACACGGUCCGUCAUGUCCGAGUUCUUUCGAUGGGUCCACGCGGCCCAUGAUGACACCAGCAGUUUUAUAUUUCUUUACGAUAAGAGCUUCUCCAAAUUUCAGCCAGUGUAUAUAGCGACUGCAGAGUGUGACCCCUUGCGGGAUGAUGGCAGGACCCUGGCAGCUGCCUUGAAAGAUGCUUGGGUGAGCGUCCGCGAGGACUCCUAUCAAGGCAUGCGUCACUGUUUUUGGUUCUUCAAUACCCGCCCCGAAUGGUCUUCCUUUAUUGAGAAUACCGUUUCAUCUAAGGCCACAUUAGAAGGACCCCAAUGGAAGCUAUUCGGAACCCCUCUCCACCUGCUAUACUAA